GCCUUAAAAGACUCUUUAUUAUGGAAGGAGAUGAAGUACUGGUAAUCUUCAAGUGACAGGCUGUCAAAUUGUACACGUUGGUUAAUUCCUCCCGAAACCGUAAUUAUGAGUUACAGUUUUAUUACUGAUAGAGAGGCAAUCAGGAGAGGUGCACAUGGUACCGCCCAGGCCUGGGCAGCAUUACUUACUUAGGCUGCCUGGGUAGCGAUUUCAGCGGAUUUCAUCAGGCUCCGACCACUCAAGAAAAUGCAGGCAAUGGCUUCAAUUAAGAUAGAGACUGUCAUGAAGGAGAAGAACAGGAUGGGAGAGUGUCCUGUGUGGGAUGAAAAGACCGGUCACCUUGUUUAUGUGGACAUCAAUGCACAGAAGGUUUGCAGAUGGAACCCAAUCACUGGGGAAAUACAGAGUGUGACCCUGGAUGCUCGGGUAGGAUGUGUGGCACUCCGAGAAUGCGGGGACUAUGUUGUAGCCCUUGGAACCCGUUUUGGCCUCUUGAACUGGGAAAACCAAUCAGUGACAACUGUUUCUCGUCUUGAACAGGAUAAACCAAACAAUAGAUUCAAUGAUGGCAAAGUGGACCCGGCUGGAAGAUUUGUGGCUGGUACCAUGGCUGAGGAAUCUAGCCCAGGAGUGUGGGAGAAACAACAAGGGUCUCUCUAUACUCUCUAUUCGGAUUGCUCUGUGGUGAAGCAUUUGGAUCACCUAGACAUCUCGAACGGAUUGGACUGGUCUCUGGAUCACCAAAUAUUCUACCACAUUGAUAGCCUGACAUAUGCUGUGCAUGCCUGUGACUAUGACCUCCAAUCAGGGAAUAUAACCAAUAGAAGGCUUGUCUAUAAGCUGGAAGAAGAAGAAAGUAUGCCUGAUGGUAUGUGCAUUGACAUUGAAGGGAAGCUCUGGGUAGCCUGCAUUGAUGCGGGAAGAGUAAUCCGCUUGGACCCUGAGACAGGAAAAAGACUGCAGACAGUGAAGAUGCCUACUCCCAGAAUAACAUCCUGCUGCUUUGGUGGGAAGGACUAUUCUGAACUCUAUGUCACUUCAGCCUCUGAUGGCUUGAGCCAAGAACAAUUGACAAGAGAACCCCAUGCAGGAGAGAUUUUCAAGGUAACUGGCCUGGGUGUGAAAGGAAUUCCUCAAUAUUCCUUUGCAGGUUGAACACCCAAAGAUCACAAAAACUUCACCAAAAAGUCUUCAACACUUCAGAGGGAUUUCAACCUAUAACACAGUCCUGUGUGGCAUUUAAUUGUGGAUUUGUAUUCUACCUCUCUCAUGGCUCCUUAACAGACUUAGACAAUAAAGAUAUAUACAUUAUGAUAAGA